AUGUCAAGCUUAUACAUCAAAACACCACUGCAUGCAUUAUCUGCUGGUCCGGAUUCUCAUGCAAAUAGCUCCUAUUAUGACAAUCUUUUAUUGCCUUCAUUUUCCAAUUUAUCCAGUAAUAUCAGCAGGAACAAUAUCACAACCGAUAACAAUAUAAAUUCAGCAAGUCCUAGGAAGUAUUCGUUUCAUUCGCUCAAUGUGUCGCCAAUUCUUUCCCCAAUAUCUUUGGCUAACGAAAUACUUGGAAAAAAAUCAAAUACUGCACCAGCAUCGCCACAUCAUAUGGAUUACAAUCCAAUUUCCUCAUUAACACCAGGCAAUUCACCAGAAUUCAACAAGGCAAGCUUAUCUCAGAUUAGUUUUACAAAUCCAUUGAACUAUGGGUCUGGCUUAGGUUUUUCCUCUAAUUCACAACCUCGACUACCAUUGUUAGACAGGCUAUCGUCCGUCUCUUUAUCUAAGAGACCGGAGCGCCCACAACAAAGCCUACCAUCACUAAGGCAUCUGCAAUUAUUACCCAGUCCUCUUUUACAAGAAAACGCAGCACGCUUCCCUGAUACAUCAAAACGUACAUCUAAUUGGAAAACUGAUCUUACCCAUUGGUGUAAGGAUACAAACUAUCAAGACUAUGUUAAAAUACGCGAAGAAGUGGCUCAUUUCAAGCCAUUAAGUAUACCCAACUUAACUAAUAAUCAAAAUAAUGAUAGUUUCAAUUACGGCAAGGAAUUGGAAUCGACUAGGUCGUCCAAGUUCCAUUCCCCGUCUAAGGAAUCAUUUGAUCGUACCAAACUAAUUCCUUCGAUUCUAGAAGCUAAAGAUCAAUUUAAAGAUCUUUCCAACAAUGCAUGGAGUAUUACUCCUCCCGUCACACCGCCGAUGAGUCCACCAACCAAUAGAACCAUGGAGCGCACGACGCUUAGAGGAGUAGAGGCCUCUUUUUUUGAGGGGAAAUCCAGCAAUAACGAUUCAAUAUUCAAUCCAAUUAUUAGUGAAAAAUUGGUUCAAGAAGUUAAACAUCAAAGACAAUUACGUGGAAAUUCAUUUCCCAUGCCAAAUGCCAGUCACAAAAAGACGAACAGUUUCAAAGCUUUGCAAAUAAAAAAAUUGCUUGCGAAUAGAGACAUUCUAUCGAACAAUUCCAAAUCUAAUGUAAGGAAACCAUCUAAGAACAAAAUCUCAAAGCAAGCAUCAAAUGUUUUCGGUAACACUGCAAGACAAUUGGUGAUGAAACUCGACAACGCUAGUUACAGUUCUGUCUCUGCAUCUUCAUCUCCAUCUCCCUCCACACCGACGAAAAGUGGCAAGAUGAGAUCAAGAUCAUCCUCACCUGUGCGUCCCAAGGCAUACACUCCAAGCCCAAGGUCACCCAAUUAUCAUAGAUUUGCUCUCGACUCUCCCCCUCAAAGCCCUCGAAGAUCAUCAAAUUCAAGCAUAACGAAAAAGGGAAGUAGAAGGUCCAGUGGCUCAUCACCCACUCGUCACACCACAAGAGUGUGCGUGUCGUGUCAUUCGAGUGAUUCGCCCUGUUGGAGGCCAUCGUGGUCGCCAAGAAAGCAAGAUCAGCUAUGUAACUCUUGUGGUCUUCGAUAUAAAAAAACACAUACAAGAUGUUUGAACGAUUUAUGUCGUAAGAUCCCCACAAAGGGUGAAAUAAACAUUAUGAAAUCCAAUGGAAUAGACAAAGAAUUCGUCCCCGAACGCAACUGCGAAAUUGAAGGGUACCGUUGCUUAUUUUGUAAUUACAUAACUGAGACAGUAGAGAAUUGA